AUGUCGCAGUGCACCAAUGAGCGUCCACACUGCCGCAAGUGCACAAGCAGCGGCCGAGAGUGCGAGGGCUACGAGCGCGAGCGUGUCUUCAUCACCGGCACGCCCGAGGACCGCGGCCGCGUCGCUUCCCACCCCAAGCGCGUCACCUCAUCCGGGUCAGGGUCCGGGUCCGGGUCCGGGAGCAAGAAGCAGCAGCUGAAGCAACAUUCCAAGUCGCCUCAGCCAAAGCGAGAGCGCUCCGAGUCACACUCGCCCAAGUUUGCCCAGACGCCGCUCAACAACUCGGCCUGGGACGACAAUCUAGAUCUCUCCCGCGGCGGCAAGAACAUUGCCGCCCUGCACACCAGCCUGCAUACCGUUGUGCGCUCUCCGGGAGCCGCCCUCUCCGGGAGCAGCUUCGGAAUUGCCCUCCCGCCAUACUCGCCGAUCGAGCUUCACGGUGAACACCACAACGAACAUGUGGCCAGCCAUGAUGCGCCGCUCUGGGUGAGUGCUAAGUGCCUACUCUGCCACCAUGGCAUCCAAGGAGAUGCCCAAUCCGCCGGCUACUGUCUCUUCUUGUUCGAGCAGGCCUCACCAAGUGCCGACUGGGGACUCGCCUCGGAAUCCAUGAUCAAGCGACUCGGUCCGCUCAGUUUCACCUCCUUCCCGAACCACCAGUUCUUCGUGCGCGUCUAUCGCCCCAUCGGCGUCUGCCUGGCCGUGCUUAACCGCCGCGAGACCUUCCUCUCCGACUCGGAGUGGACGUCGCUGCCGUGGAAGAAUCACCGCAAGUCAUCCCUCGAUGCCCUCUUCGACAUCAUGCUGCGGCUGCCGCCCGUCCUUGCGCAGACGGACGCACUCAUCCCCCAGACGCCCUCGGUCGAGCGUCGCUAUAAGGCCCAGACCCUGCUUCACACGUGCCUGAUGAUUGAGCGCCAAUUUGCCGCCUGGCUCGGCCACUCGAUGGGCGACGUCGACCACCUCCGCGCCGUGGAGAGUGCCGGCGCGGCGUCCCUCGGCGCGGCGACCACGUACGAGUUCCACGAUGAGCUGACUGCCUUCACCAUGCUCUACUACUGGAUGUCACAGAUAAUCUUUCACCGCUGCGUCCUCGAUCUUCUUGCCGUUGUCGGACAGCCCGUGCUUGAUCCUUACACGGGCAUCUGGCUGACCGCUCCACCGCCGUCCGGCAACAACAACAUGCAGCUCGACCCUUCUCGAUACCACGACGGCCGCGAAAUGGCCGCCAAGAUCUGCCGCGGGCUGGACUCCGCCCUUAGUCUCACCGCGCAGCCCGACAUGCUCGUCGCGCCCAUGACCGUCGCCCUUGACUUCUACCACAACCUCCAGAUGACAUCCGGCGGCGCCGGCGGCUUCGACGGCAUGGGAGCGCAGGACGGUGUCUACGAGACCAUUGAGCUCGAGCUCUUCCGUACUCGCCUUGUCGCCAAGGGCCAGGGCGUUGCCGACAAUCUGCAGGGCCAGAUGUGGGACGAGAUUGCGCAAUACUGA